CUCGCAUUUGUCAGCACGACAGAUCUGCGCUGAAACAGACGCGCCAGGGCCGCCUGCAGUGCCGAUGAGGUGGUCAUAGUGUUAAUCUGAGCGAUGUGGCCACCAGCAGCGAUGCCGGCCAUCUCCCUGCCCCUCUUCCCCCUCCUGUCUUGCGUGGCCACGAUGGUGUCGUCCUUCCAGCUCCCGGCCUUCCCCAACGCACCCACACCCACUCGGCUGCAGCGGCUGACGAGGCGGCCACCCACACCCACGCACACACUCACACCCACUCAUGUGUCGACCUUGGGAGCAUCAGCAGUGGCCUCUCCUCCGCCUGUGGACAUCGACACAGCCGAGGAGGAGGCCAUCAGCGAGAUAGAGGUCGAUGAGUUGGAGAAGCUGUGGAAGGACCUCCAGCGCCUCUCCAGGCCGCAGAAGGGCGACAGGCCGCGAAGGCAGAGGACCAAGGCGCUCAGCAGGGAGAUCUUGAAGGACUUUGGCAGGGCGGGGCCUAAGGCACUGCAUUUGAGGCGCCAGGCUGAGGACGAGAUCACCGAGACGACCAGCGAGAGUGAGAUGGAGCUCAUAGUGGCCAAGCUGAGGGAUGCCCUGCCGACCGAAGACAAAUGGCUGGCCGACGAGCCACUCAUGCCGACCAAGGUCAGUGAGUGACCCACACCACACCCCCAACACACUUACACACACACAUGGAUGUUUCAUUCAUUCAUUGAUUGAUUUGGUCAGUACCGUGAGAUGUUGGAGUCGAUGGAGCAGCACGACAGUGUGCUGUCGGUGGUGCGUGAGGCGGAGGGCAAGAUCCAGGCCACCAUCGACCAGUCGGGCAAGACCCUCCACGACAUGCCGUUCGAGGUCGUCCGGGACAUCUGCCAAGUCAAAAUGGCACGAAUCAUGCUCGUACGCAACCAAACCAAACCCUUCCCACACCACACACCAGUUCUAACACACUCACACACACCUACAGGACAUGACAUGAGUGCACAUUAAUCACAUCACAUUGGUCUGUCUGUCUGUCUGUAGGAGGAGGAUUACGUCGACUUUAUGGACGGCCUCCGCACUCAGCAGCCGGACGAGUGGCGACAGCUCUGCACCGCCAACAAGGCGCUUCUCGCAGAAGGCCACAACCAGAAACUCAGAGAGGUAUGCCGAGCCGGGCCGCCCCUCUACACACCACCCGCACAAAACAGCACAGCAAAGCACACACCCCUCCUUUUCUGUGCGCCGCGCCGCGCCGUGCCUGCAGAUGAAGCAGUACUUCGGGGCGUUGACGCGGGACCCCAAUGUGCCGGCAGAGCAGCGCCAGGACGCGGCCAACAAGCUGGCGGGGCUGCAGAAGUACUACACCGAGCUGGACGAGAACACCUUUGACCUCGAGGCACACAUACGGGGCGACUGGCUCGUCGAGAUGAGGGACAGGCUCGCCGUCGAGAGGGAACUGUAAGCAAAGCAGAGCAGCCGACCCGACAGACAGGCCAAGACAACAAUCCACUUGUUGGGUGUGUGUGGUUGGUUAUUUGGUAGGUAUGAAGAUCCGAAGAGGGCUCAGUUGGACUACAGCUGGAUGAAGGUGGAGCCCAAGCCGCAAGAGGGCAUACACGAGUUCAUCGCUGCCAUCAACACCACACAAGCCAUGCUGGACGCCACCACCAAAAUCGUCAAAAGGUCAAACAAACACCACACCCCAAUUCAAUCCACCACACACCCCAUCUCUCUCUCUCCCAUAUCUCUAUCUGUCUGUGUGUGUGUGUGUGCAGCAAGGAGCUAGACUGGGAGGACCACCCAGACCAGCGCACUGACUUCCUCGCCGCAGCGAAGGACCCCUUCAUCCGCCAGGACCUGCUGUUCGACUACCCGGUGCCGGAGGACAUGGGCGACUACAGGAGCACCGACUACAUCCUCAACAAGCUCAGGACACUCGGCGGCCGCAAGCGCGUCGAGGAGAUGGACGAGGCCGAGAGGGAGGAGCUCAUCACCACUGAGAUGAGGGAGGCUGGUACGUGACGCACUCACAGGCACAUCGAUUGUCACAAACAGCACAGCUAGGGUCCUCCCACCCCACCUCUCUGUGUGUGUGCUGUGCUGUGACAGGGAUGAAUGUGGACAUCCUGAGUGAGAACCGCACCAUCGCCAAAACAGAGGAGGAAAUCGACGCUAACCUCAAGGUGACUGACGAUAGAUAGAUGGCCACUUUAAACCGACCACAAACCAACGAACCAACAACACACACACAGCCAUGCCCCUCUCUCUGUGUGUGUGACGUGCAGGCGAUGUUGGCUGAGGAGGAGGCGAUAAGGAUGCUGCGCAACAUGGGUCACCAGGUGGUGCAGGGCGCCGACGGCAACGUGGAGGUCGUCCCCCGGCCCGACAAGCGCCCCUCCAACGAGUACCUGUCGGAAGACUACAAAGACGACCCCGAUGUGCAGAGGGCGCGCGGAGAGCUCCUCAUCGACUGGUAGAUGGGCUGGGUGGGUCGGGUGAAGACACAAACAGGCACACACCAAAAGGACCGCUUCUCUCUCUCUCUCUCUCUCUGUGUGUGUGUGUGUGUGUGUAGGUUUGAUGGUGUGACCCCGUCCACGUCUAAGCCAGGCGAGCCGAUGGACCCCGCCGAGGUGCUCACCCCCGGCUACUUCGCCGGCUUCGGCAUGCCGUCGCUGGCAGACAUGGACACGGGCGAGAGCGGCGACAUGUUCAGGAAGGAGCUCAACGUGCCGAGAGUGGACAGGCGGCUGAGGUCCAGCAAGUCGGCGGAGGGUUUGAAGCCUGACGAGGUGAACGCGGGCUUCACCUACGACGAGUUUGACGAGGCCUACAUGAAGGAGUUCGAUCGGUAUGUGGGCUUCUCCAAGAGACCCCUCAGGCCGGGCAUGUUCGUGCAGGUACCUACCUUACCUGCAAACAGAGAAACAAACAGCCCAUCUAUCCAUCCAUCCAUCCACCCAUUGCAUCUCGCUGUCUUUGUGCUGCAUCGAUGCAGGGCGAGAUUGUCAAGGUGACUGACCGCCAGGCCUUCGUCGACGUGGGCAUGCAGCAGCUCGCCACGCUGCCACGAAGCGAUGUCGUCAUGGACCCUACCGACAAGUCAGUAUAUAUAUAAUACCCAACCGUCAGACGGACAUCACACACCAGCCAGGACAGGAUGGACCAUCCUAUCCUAUCCUCUGUGCUCAUGGCAUGCCUGUGUGGUGUGUGGUGGGUGUGCUUCAGGACUCGUUUGAAGCAGAUCCUCAAACCUGGCCAGAAAAUCGAAGCCGAGAUCAAAAUGUAAUCCUCAACCACACACUCACAUCCAGUCUCUCUCUGUCAAUCGACGCGAUGCGUCGUAUCUCUUUUCUGCCCUUUUGUGUUUGUUUUGUUGUCAGCAUCGACGACAAGUCGCUAGUGCUGACGAUGGCGAACCUGCAGUACUUCAACGCCUGGGAGAAGCUGGUGGAGAUCCAGGCCAACGACCUCACCAUCGACGCCAUGGUCCUCGCCGUCCCAAACACCGCCGGCGUGCAGGUCUCAGUCCUCGGAGUGCAGGCAUGGCUCCCCAGCAGCCAAAUGUGCCCACCUGGUAAGUAACCCUACCACCGCACAAUCGGGCAGAAAAAGAACAGCGGUAGUGUGUGGUGGUGUAUAGGUGUGGAGCCGACGGAGGAAAUGAUUGGCAAGCAGCUACGCGUCAAGGUGCUAGAUCUGGACAUCGCCAACGACCGGCUGGUGGUCUCGCAGAAGCGAGCUGAGGUGGAGGAGCAGCUCAAGAACCUCUCGCGAGGCGACCUCAUCGAGGGCGUCGUCGAGUCCAUACAGCCCUUCGGCGCUUUCAUUGCCGUAAGUAACCCUCCCUCCCCGCCCGUGGCCCAUCCACUCACUCCACCCCUUCUUCAUUCCAUUCAUCUCUCUCUCUCUCUCUGUGUGUGUGUGUGUGUCGAUCCAUCAGUUCGGGUGCACCAAUGCGUUGCUGCACGUGUCGCAGAUAUCGUAUCAGCGUGUCGACGAGGUGCCUUUGCCGAUCGGCACCAAGGUCAAGGCCAUGGUCAUCGACUACGACAAGGUCACCGGCAGGGUGUCGCUGUCGACCAAGGUGCUGGAGAAGGAGCCCGGCCAGAUGCUGAGGAACUACACCGAGGUGUUUGAGGAGGCCGAGGAGACCGCCCGGCUGUACCAUGACAGGAUGGUGGCCGAGCAGAAGGCACGCGAGGAGGCAGCGAGGGAGCUCAUUGCGUCGCUCGGCCUCAACGAGUCCAUUCUGGUACGUAUGCGACGCAUGUGGCUCCACUCCGGUCCAUCCAUCCAUUCACCCAAUGCAUUGUGUGUGUCCGUUGUGUUGUGUGUCUUGUCUGUCCUACCUGUAAAACAGAAUGUUGACUUCAACGAGGGUGCCCCGUCAUUUGGCGAGCAGCCGGCCGCCCCACCCCCACCACCAACACAGGAGGGCCAGUCCACCGAAGGAGCCGCACCAACACGAGCCACAAUCGAAGGUGAGUCAGCAGCCACCCGCCCAUCUAUCAACCAACGCCUUCUUGAUGGAUGAAUGGAUCGAUGUGUGUGUGUGUGUGUGUGUGUGUAGAUUACUCGCCCGAGAGCGGUAGGUGGUGUGCGCAGCGAGGCAGCGAUUGGGUGGAGAUGGACGAGGAGCAGGACGCCAUGAUCAAGGACCUAUACGACAAGGGCGAGAGCAGAUUCAGAGAGGACGAGUGAGUGAGAGCCAACGACCUGACCUCAUCACCAUACAUACUCACAGACACAACAACACUUGCCCACCUCUCUCUCUGUGUGUGACAGUGACGAGUGGGAGGUCGAUUGGGGUAAGCUUGUGUGCACCCGCCUGAGCGACGGGGGCAGCUUCCGCAUCAAGCCGCCCACAUCCUCGUAGCGACGCGACGCCAUGGUGCGGCGUGGUGUGCAUGGCAUGGCAUGGCGUGUUUGGAUCAGUGAGCAAGUGCUAAUGGGAGCACUCAUCUGAUCUGGCCUGCGAAAUGAAGCGAAGCGACCGGAGAGAGCGAGAGAGAGAGAGAUACACAGCGAGGCAUUGGUCUGUGUGUGUGGCCAGUGCCCAUGUGUAAGUGCCGCGUGAGUGUGUCGUCAAGUCCAGUCCACCGGUGGGUACCGUCCAUCUAUCUUUCCGAAGGAUAAAGAUGUGGAUGGGCGUUGCCGGCUGGCUGUGGCUGGGUGGCAUUCUCGCAUUCCAUGCAAUCAAAUCAGUCGGUGUCAUUUUUUCUUUUGAUUGGCAUGACCGACCGAUAGCUACCUAGAUGGAUGGAUGGAUGGAUGGAUGCUCGACGAGUGAGUGCUGCCACAUAGACACAGUCCCGAGGGCUGUACUGCUGAAAGCAGCUUUGCGCCUUUAAUGAUAGCGACAGUUAAGCAAGUGAGGUGCCAGCAAGUUUGCAGAGAGGCCGUUAAGUCUGAGCGUCAGCAAAUCAGGUGAAAUCAGCUUUGCGACGCUCAGAGAGAGGAUGCAUGCAGAGC